GGACUAGUAUUGCAAUUUAAAUUCAAGAGUGAGAACAGCAACUGCGUUGUGUGCCUAACUGCCUCGUGAGCAUCUCUGAAUCAUAAAACCCUAAAACCCCUAAUUCCUAAAGCCCACAAAAUCCAACUCGUGUUGGUAUUUUCGCUGAAUAGUUAUCUGAUUUAGGUGCUUGAAGCAAACAAUGGAGUGGGCACAGAAAAAAUUUCCUCACAUUUUUAAGGACUUAAAAGCCGGAACAUCCGCAACUGAGAGUCCAUACAAUUUCAGUGGCAAAGGAGGAGUAACUACCGCUUUAUCUUCUUCCGAUCAAUCUCGCGUUUUGAUGACUAGGCCUCCCAGACAAAUGGUUUCACUAUAUACCUGUUCGAAGCUCUGUACAGUUUUCUUUGUUGCUGGAGUUGUUGUUGGUUACACUUUGAAGAAACGUGUUAGGAGCUGGGCUUCUAAGCUUCUCAAGAGAUUGAAAGAUGACUGACCCCAACUAUCCUUUGUUUCUCACAUAACUGGAAGUACUACUGUCUUUGAAGAUUGCAAUUUGAAGAAUUUCCUUGCUUAGUAUGUGAACUAUCCUGUCACAAUUACUACACAUGUGUUGUCUCUUGUCUCUUAUCUCAUGCCAAUAACAUGAUUCUUAGGCUAGAAAAUGCUAUAUCCUAGGUGAUUGCUGUUAUAUAUAUAUAUAUAUAUGUAUCCAUGAAUGGAUAUGGAUGACCUUCGGUUGGAUCAUUGAUAUAUAUUUCUCAGUGCUAAAUUACAGAACA